GGCCUCUAGUGGUGACACUGUAAAACGUGCACUCCUCCUUACAACAAACAUGGCCUCCUCGUACAGUCAAGAAUGGAGAUCUGUGUGCGACACAUUUCGAAAUGCUCAAACUCUCUCAGAUAUAGAAUCAAGAAAGGAUCCAGAGAACGACCCAUUUCGCUCUAAAUACAAAGCCAGGGACCUGCUAAAGGAGAUACUCACCGUGUUAAAGAGCUUUGAUACCGGGGAGACCGAGGACGAUGAUAACGAUGCUGAGUGUCAAACAGAGGAACCCGUUGACGGAGGAAAGGGGGAGGCGUGUGGAAGGCGCUGCCCCGGGGAUUCAAAUGCAGGAAUACGAGCUGCUAAACUCGGGGUGAUCGAAUACUACCUUGGUGUUAACCAUGUGGAGACUGAAGAAUUAUCGGCUGGCGAAGAACACUUGAUGAAAUGCAUGAAACUGCUGGAUAGGUGCACGAUUACGCAGGAGAACGUGUCUUUGUGUAUCCAGGCCAGGAAUCAGCUUGGAAUUCUGUGGGCGGGCAGGGAUGAGACCGAGAAAGCCCAAGGAUUCCUAGAGACAGCGGAAUCGAUAUACAUACGCUACAUGAAAGAGGAUGGCCAGCCGCCCAUGGACCUAACAGAGUUCUUUGUUGGAGAGGAAGAUCAACUGUCUCAACAAGAGAGGACAAAAAGAUUUGAGCUGGCUUACACCCACACAUUGUACUACCUGGCACAGGUGUAUAAAAACCUGGAGCAGUUUGAACGGGCUGGGAAAUACUGCCACAGCACCCUACAGAGGCAGCUGGAACUCAACCAGUUUGUUCCACUGGAGUGGGCCAUCAAUGCAGCUACUCUGUCCCAGUAUUACAUCACUAAGACCCGGUACAUGGAGGGACGGCACUGCCUGGCAGCGGCCAGCGUUAUAGCAGGACUGGCUGGGGAGGUUCCUUCUGAAGCUGCUGCCCAAGAGAGUGAGAUUGAGUAUGAGAAACGUGAGCAGCUUCGCCAGAAGAGGGCAGAGAUUGCCCGCUGUUGGAUUAAAUACUGCCUCAACCUCAUGCAGGAUGCUAAGAAACUCUUGGAGGACAACAUCGGCGAGCUGGACGUGGACCGCCAGGCGGAGCUGAGCCGCGUGCGGCGCAACGAGGAAGAGGAGCGAGAGCGUGAGAGGAAGAGCACGGUGCUGUUCAGCUCCAGCGACACCUUCGACUCCAUCUGCGCGCUGGAGGACAAGGUGAGCUGCAUCUUCCCGCUGGACUUCGAGGAGGCACGCGCCGUCUUCCUGGUGGGCCAGAACUACGUGGGCCAGGCCAAGGAGUACUUCGAGAUGGACGGUCACGUGACGGACCACAUUGAGAUCCUGCAGGACCACAGCGCUCUCUUCAAGGUGCUGGCCUUCUUCGAGGAGGACCUGGAGCGACGGUGUAAGAUGCACAAGCGGCGAGUGGACAUGCUGGAGCCCAUCUGCAAGGACCUGAACGCCCAGUACUACCUGCUGGUGUGCCGUCAGCUGCAGUUCGAGCUGGCCGAGACCUACUACGAGAUGAUGGACCUGAAGCUGGCCGUGGCCGACCGCCAGGAUGAUCUGGACGCACACACGGUCAAGAAGUUCAACACGCUGUGCUCCGCGUCGAUGAAGUACUACGAGAAGUUCCUGGACACGGCGCGCUCGCCCGACGGCAAGUUCCCCGACAAGCUGGAGGAUGAGGUGCUGCGUCCGGCGCUGGUGGCCAAGUUCCGCGUGGCGCGGCUCCAGUCCAAGCUCAUCUCGGCCAGUCCCACUGUCCAGAUAGAGAAUCUGAGCCGCUCGCUGGAGGCUUACCGCUUCGUGGUCCAGUACUGCGAGGAGAACCCCGAGGCUCGGCCCGCCGUGGAGACGGAGCUGGAGCUCAGCGAGGAGAUGGUCAGCCUGCUGCCCAUCAAGAUCAACAGGAUCCGCGCCAAGAUAGCCGUCAACUGAAGCUCUGCUAGCUUUAACAGGAUCAACUGAAGUGCCCCACACAUGUGACUGGAAAUGCUAAAGCAUAUUUGUUGUUUGUUUGGUGGGUUUGCACACGGCUAAUCGAUAUAUUUUGCACUGUUAAAAACACUCUUCUUCCGGAUUGUGUGUAUGUGUGUGUACUCACACGGUAAACACAUCCUGACACUAGUGAGUUUGUUGUCACCCUUUGCCUUUUCCCACUGACUCCUACUGUAGGUGGGUAUUCCAAGUAUGUGGCUUAAUGACAAUCUGGGUGAGUUAACUGAGAGUAAGUGGUAAACCUCCUAAAUAGAACAGCUGUAUGGCUUCAUUCUCCUAACAAAACAAUGCCAUAGGGCUCUUGUUGUAGGAGGUUUACCACUUACCCAGGUUUGUCAUUAAACCACAUACUCGGAAUACCCCCCUGAUCUGUGUUCUUUACUAAAGCUCCUGUGUAAUUUAAACUUGAACUGCUCAUCUCACUCAUAAUAAUAACAUAGUGUCCCCCCCAAUGCCAUUGUCAGCUUGGGACCAAUGCAGUAUGAGCUGAUAGUGAUUAGAGACUCUGCAUGACCUCUCCAUUUUUCAGCCCACAUGUAUCUGCUAAUAAACACGAGUCAUACAAAUGCAGUGAAUGUUGUAAAAUCUACAAUCUUACAACACUGUUUUUGUUUGUUGUAAUUACAAAUUAAUUUAAAAGAAUGCUACAUUAAACCUUGUGCUCUAAAGUUA